CUCCACUUUCGCACUUUCGCUAUCCUCCCCCCAGGGCGGCCCAAAUGUCCCUCCCCAACCCAGCUUCCCCAACCACCCUCCUACUCCUCACCGCCCUCCUCUCCCGACUCACCACCACCCUCCUCCUCCUCCUCUCCUCCCGCCUCUCGCCCUACGACGCUUCCUCAACGGCCUUCUUCAGCGCCGACUUCACACCCCCGUCAUCACCAUCACCAACAUCAAAAGCCACGACGCACUUGAGCACGCACCUCCUCCCCUUCGUGCGAUGGGACGCCGUGUAUUUUUUGGGGAUUGCGGAGCGGGGGUAUCGGUAUGAGCAGGAGUUUGCAUUUUUUCCGGGAUUGAUGAUUGGAAUGAGGGGGUUUGCUGGUGCCAUACCCUUCGGGAACCUCAGGGACCGGCUAGUCAUCACAGGAGUACUCAUCUCGAAUGCGAGCUUCGUUGCUGCCGCAGUACUUUUGUACAAACUAGGCCUAACAGUCCUAGGCCCCAGCCACCACCGCACAUCCCUCACGGCCGCCCUCCUCUUCUGCAUCACCCCCGCCGGCGCAUUCAUGUCGGCGCCAUACACAGAGUCCCUCUUCGCAGCGACCUCCUUCCUGGGUAUGCUGUGCGUGGCUAGGAAGCGGUAUUUGAGCGCCGCGGUCAGUUUCGCGGCUGCGUCCGCGGUGCGUGCGAAUGGGAUCGUGCAUAUGGGGUUCUUUGUGUGGGAGUUUGUGGUUGUGCCGGGGAUGUUGAUGUUGAGGAGGGUUGGGGGGAAGACCAGCAUUGCCGCACUCAUCAGAAACAUCCUCCGCGCAACAUUCUACUCCCUCAUCGUCAUAUCCCCCUUCAUCGCAUUCCAAACCUACGCCUACACCCUCUUCUGUCCCGCCGCCGACUCGUCGCUCAGACCUUGGUGUAAUGCAACCUCACCCCUGAUCUACUCCUUCGUGCAAAAAGAGUACUGGAACAACGGCUUCCUCACCUACUACCGUCUCCACCAACUCCCCAACUUCCUCCUCGCCCUCCCCAUCUUCACCCUCCUCUUCACCGGUCUCCUACAAUGUAUCACCCACGACCCGCUCGCCUUCUUCACCCUCGGCCGCCUCACACAACCCAAAUCUCAACCCCCACCCCUCCUAAUCAUCACAAACCCCGCCCUAGCGCCACAUAUCUACCUCAUGACCGCGUUGACGAUCUACUGCGCGACGAUGAUGCAUGUGCAGGUUGUGGUGAGGUUUUCGACUAGUUUGCCGGGGCUGUAUUGGGUUGCUGGGGGACUGAUGGGCGGUGAUGCACGGAGAGGGAAGUGGGGGAGGCUGGUGGUGGGGUAUUUUUUGGGGUAUGCGGGGGCGACGACGGUGCUAUUUGGGGGGUUUUUGCCGCCUGCUUAGGGGUUGGUAGCAUCAGAAUCUACAAGUAGAGUUGGACCAUGCAUGAAAGGCAGAGAGCACGCUUCUGUGCGAUGUGCGGGUCCUCCCGAGUCCUUGUGGGGAUGUCGCCUUCUCCGCGAGAGC